CGCAAAUAAUAAAAUAUGAGAAUAUCGGGUACAAUCUCUAAAUAUGAAUCCUCUGAUUCUUCAAUUGCAAUUUGAUAUGAAUAUAAUUAAAGAAUUUAAUUUAAAAUUAAAUCUCUAAUUCUUCAAAAACUCGAACGUUCUUCGAUUCUUCGAAUCUUCGUUCUUGAGAUCUUCAAAUCUUCGAACUUCGUUCCUCAGAUCUUCAAAUCUUCUUGAAUGCAAAAUUCAAUAUUGAAGGGCCUCCGGUUUCAAGUAGCUUGAUCUUCAACAAAAGGGCCUUAUGUGGCUUGAUCUUCUGUUAAAGGGCUUCCCGGGAUAUAUGGCUUGAUCUUCAAUUGAAUAUUGAUUCAAUCUUCAUAUGAAUAUCUUCAAAUCUUCAAAGAUUCGUUCUUCAUAUCUUCGAAUCUUCAAAGCUUCGUUCUUCAGAUCUUCAAAUCUUCAAGCUUCGUUCUUCAGAUCUUCGAACGUUCUUCAACUUUUGGCUUUGUUUGAUCAAGAAUCGAUGAAAUCACAAAGGAUUAUUCAUAUAUUCUUGACAAAAACGUGGCUUGAUCUCUUCCUCUUCUUCGGAAUCCUUCAGAGCCUUUCGGGAGUUCUUCAGAGCUUUGCUGCAGCGUUUCUUCGUCUGGAAGUUCUCUCCCUUUUUCUCUCAAAUGAGACCCCUAUUUAUAGGUGUGAGGAGGUGAAAAUAUGGCCUAGGGUUGCUGAAAUUCGUCCAUACCUCAUGGGCCAUAAUUAAAAUGGGCUUUGGCUCUAUUUGCUUGCAUUUUAAUAGCUAGAAAAAUCAGCACUUGUGUAACGUAUCUGGACAGCUUUCUUAACAAGGUUCGGAGCUAUUUCUCAUGCAUAUGGACAUAUUUUUUAACCAGAUUCGUCUUCUUUAUCAAUCGGAUCAUGCUUCUUAUGUAUUGAGCCAAUAUUUGAUGACGGGCUCAAAAUAGAGAAAUUAAAAGGACUGGACCAUUCUUUUAGGGAAUUAAUUUAUAAUUAAAUUAACUGGAUAUUUUAAAUAAUCCAGAUUAAUUUAAUUAUUAAACUUUAUCCGAAUGGACCCAUAUUAUUUUUAUAGAGCCCAACAACCACUACGAGCAGUCCAUUCGAAUUUGACGAUGGCCCAAUAUCACUUGAAAGAGGCCCAAUAAGAUACAUAAUAGCCCGGUAGCAUUUAAAUUAGUUUAAUAAUAUUUUGGACUAUCAUAGAAUAUUAAGUCCAAAAUAUUAAAUAAUUUUCGAUAUCCA